AGGCGGAGGAUGGGGAGGAGCCAGCGGUAGUUUCCGCCUUGCGCAGUGUCCGGGUUUGGGCACGUGUGUUACCUUCUCGGGUUUUGCGGAUUACCUUUAUUCCCGGUGAAACUGCAGGGCCGGAACUCCCUUCAUAUUUAAGGAUGAAGGCGAGAAGAAAUAAAAAGCAGAUCCCAAGCUUUCGGAAGUUGCUGAAAACUAGUAAAGUGAAACUUGAAAACAAGCUAAAAAAUAAGCAAUUUAAACAACAAAGCACUCUCAAGAAGUACCGAAAAGAACAGAGGAAACUAAGGCAAGCUGUAAAAGAUGCUGUGUCUAAGAAACCGAUUCCACUGGAAGACCCAAGGGAAAAACAACCAGGUAAAAGGAUUGAGACGGAAGAGGAGGAAGAAGAGGAAGCCCUUCCUUUAGAUAUGAUGGAUGAAGAUGACUUACAGUUAAUGAGAGACUUAGGACAAAGAGCAUCUUUUCUAACAAGAGAUCUUUCUUCUAGUGAACCUGUUCAUGUCAAGAAACGAAAGCAUGAGCGUAUUAUAGAAAAAUAUGAAAAAAUACCAAGAACUCUGCAAACUGCACCGGAGAAGGAACUGAUUCACUUGCUUCCUAUCAAGGAUAAAAGUGGUAUAAUCCCACAGACCAGGGAGAAGCCAGUUACUGACAAUAACCAAGAUGAAGAGGAUGAAGAAGAGAUGGAACUUGAGGAAGAGAUCAUUGAAGAUCCCAUUCGAGAACUGACAUUAGAAGAACAUUUAAUUGAGAGAAGGAAGAAACUACAGGAGAAGAAAAUGCAUAUUGCAGCCUUGGCGUCUGCCAUAUUAUCAGACCCAGAAAGUAAUAUUAAAAAAUUGAAAGAAUUACGUUCCAUGCUGAUGGAACAGGAUCCUGAUGUGGCUGUUACUGUUCGAAAAUUGGUGAUAGUUUCCCUGAUGGAGUUAUUUAAAGAUAUUACUCCUUCAUAUAAAAUACGACCCCUCACAGAGGCAGAGAAAUCUACCAAGAUUCGCAAAGAAACCCAAAAGUUAAGAGAAUUUGAAGAAGGCCUGGUUAGCCAAUAUAAAUUUUAUUUGGAAAAUCUGGAGCAAAUGAUUAAAGAUUGGAAGCAAAGGAAACUGAAGAAAAGUAAUGUAGUUUCCUUAAAGGCAUACAAAGGACUGGCAGAAGUGGCUGUGAAGAGCCUGUGCGAGCUGUUGGUGGCGCUGUCUCAUUUCAACUUUCACAACAACAUCAUUGUACUGAUUGUCCCUCUCAUGAAUGACGUGUCAAAAUCGAUAUCUGAAAUGUGUUGUGAGGCAGUAAAGAAACUGUUUAAACAAGAUAAAUUAGGCCAAGCUUCCCUUGGUGUAAUUAAAGUGAUUUCUGGUUUUGUGAAGGGCAGAAAUUAUGAAGUUAGACCAGAGAUGUUAAAAACAUUCUUGUGCUUAAGAAUCAAGGAAGUAGAAGUGAAAAAAGAUACAGAGGACAUUAAUAAACCAAAAAAGUUCAUGACUUUCAAGGAAAAGAGAAAAACUCUUUCAAGAAUGCAGAGAAAGUGGAAGAAAGCAGAAGAGAAAUUGGAGAGAGAGCUUCUAGAAGCAGAAGCUUCAGAGAGCACUGAGAAAAAACUUAAACUGCACACAGAAACUUUGAAUAUUGUGUUUGUAACCUACUUCAGAAUAUUGAAGAAGGCCCAGAGGUCACCUCUCCUGCCAGCAGUUCUAGAAGGUCUUGCCAAGUUUGCUCACCUUAUAAAUGUCGAGUUUUUUGAUGAUUUAUUAGUAGUACUGCAUACUCUCAUUGAAUCUGGUGACCUGAGCUAUCAAGAAAGCCUUCACUGUGUCCAGACUGCUUUUCAUAUUCUUUCUGGUCAAGGUGACGUUCUGAAUAUUGAUCCAAUGAAAUUCUAUACACAUCUAUAUAAAACACUGUUCAAGUUACAUGCAGGUGCUACCAACGAAGGCGUCGAGAUUGUACUCCAGUGCCUUGACGUCAUGCUAACUAAGCGCAGAAAGCAAGUUUCUCAGCAGAGAGCCCUUGCCUUCAUCAAGCGUCUUUGUACCCUCGCUCUUCAUGUUCUUCCAAAUUCAAGCAUUGGCAUUUUAGCAACUAACAGAAUAUUAAUGCAUACUUUCCCAAAAACAGAUUUGUUGCUUGACAAUGAAUCUCAGGGAAGUGGGGUUUUCCUUCCUGAACUGGAUGAACCUGAGUACUGUAACGCCCAGAACACGGCUCUUUGGGAAUUGCAUGCACUCCGGAGACAUUACCAUCCCAUUGUGCAGAGAUUUGCAGCUCACCUGAUCGCCGGAGCACCUUCUGAAGGCUCGGAAGCGCUCAAACCAGAGUUGAGCCGGAGAUCUGCUACAGAACUUUUUGAGACUUACAGCAUGGCUGCAAUGACAUUCAAUCCUCCUGUUCAGUCUUCAAGUUCCAAAAGGAAGGAUGAAGUUUUACAAGGGGAUGCAUUUUUGAAUGAAGAUUUAAAUCAACUAAUCAAAAGACAUUGCAGUGAAGUCGCUACUCACUUGCCUCUGGAUUUCAGCAGAUAUUCGACAACAUCACUGCGGAGUUGCUGGCACGCAUCUCCCUUGGAACCUCUGCAGCGAUGAAUGUUCCCUGCAUGUUAUGAGAUGGCCGAUGGCUGGAGGCCCCUAGACAGCUUCAGGAUGGGAGGUGCUCACUGGAAAGACCGAGGUGGGAUCAGAUGGUGGGAACUUUCAGCAGCACCUUGGGCUUCCAGGGAGGGGGACGUUACCCAGAGUUGAGUCACUCACCAAUGGGCUAUGACAUACUCAAUCAUGCCUUUUCAAUAAAGCUCCAUUAAAACCGUUAAAAGGUGGGGUUCCGAGAGCUUCUGCGUUGGUGAACACAUUGAGAUGCCGGAGGCCUCACACCCCCUUUGCCCUAUGUAUUUCUUCCAUCUGACUUCUCUUGUGUUGUGUCCUUAUAAUAAACUGGUAACAGUAAAGCACG